GGUGGUAUGCCUGCGCUGUGGGUUCACGACCGGACUCGGUGCGACGCGUGGACUUGGCCUGGGAGCCAUGGACGCCUUCAUCCGUUUCACCAACCAGACCGAGGGCCGGGACCGACUCUUCAGGUGUACAAGUGCUAAUACAAACAGACCAAUGAGAAUAGCUCCAAUAACGAGAUUGUUAGGAGCCGACUAUAUGCCAGAUAUUGUUCUUGGUGUUUAACAGCUGUUAACUCACAACCCUCAUCACAACCUUGUGAAGUAGAUACUUCAAAUCGUCCCUAUUUCAUGAGCCACUCAAUACACAUGCAUGUUGCUUAGAUAUUUAUUAGAGUCUAAAGCUGGCAAAGAGAAGGUGGUAAUGAAGCUCAAGAAAUUGGAGUCCAGUAUGAGCACUGGCCGUAAAUGGUUCAGACUAGGCAACGUGGUCCAUGCCAUUCAGGCGACUCAGCAGAGCGUUCAUGCCACUGACCUGGUGCCCUGCUUAUGCCUAACAUUCGCCAACUUGAACCGUGUGAUUUAUUUCAUCUGUGACACCGUCCUCUGGGUGAAGAGCAUAGGGCUCACCUCUGGCAUCCACAAAGAGAAAUGGCAAAUGUGGGCUACCCGCCACUACUAUUAUUCUCUCCUGCUGAACCUUGUCAGGGAUCUGUAUGAAAUCUCCCUGCAAAUGGAAAAAGUUGCACACGACAGAGCAAAGAGGGAGAGCUCACCAUCCCAGAAUCCUCUUGGAUACAGUGUGACUGAUGAAGAAACAGAAUGGCUUCAGUCCUUUCUCCUUCUCUUAUUCCGAUCCCUGAAGAAGCACCCUCCCUUGCUCCUGGAUACAGUGAAGAACCUCUCUGAUAUCCUGAUUCCUUUGGACCAGCUGGGGUUCUAUAAGUCCAAUCCUGGCAUCAUCGGACUUGGAGGUCUUUUGUCUUCUAUAGCAGGCAUCAUCACUGUGAUAUAUCCUCAGAUGAAGCUGAAGACCCGCUAAGGUGUUUUUAGCCUGAGGACUAACACGUGCUUUAAAAGGUUACCUCUUGUCUAGUUUAUGGAUAGAUGAGUAGAAAAAUAGGGGAAGGAAACAAACAAACAGACAAAGGUACCCAGUGUUCUUUUUUACUGCAAUUGCUUUUUUUCACUUUAAUUAUUAUUCUUGUUAUU